AAAGUUCACGAUAUCCAGGUCAGACGUACUCAUUCUUAGUGGUAAUUUCGUUAGUGUCCGAAUACUGACCUUUUUUAUAUUUCACCUUUGUUUCAUUUAGCUUCAAUUGCUUGUCGUUAUAUAGCGGAAUGAACUACUUCUAAUUUAGUUGUUUACUGAUCUACAUUACCAUGAUGCUACAGUGUCUAGUAGUGUUGUUGCAUUGUCCUUGAAAUAUCCGGUUGUUUUCCUAAUAUAUUAAGCUGAAAAUGAGUCCAACAGUUGAUUGUUUGGAGUGUAAGUGACCUACAAACUGGUGUGCUCUGAUAGAAUCAUGUUUCUUUAAGUCAAUAUUCUAUGUAUGUUUAUCUUUUUACGUAAACAACAACCACACAGUCACGUAUAGUUGCGUUUAACUCCUGAAGAUGCACCCAAAGGGUUAUCCUGAUGUGUCAGAACCAGCUAGUAAACACCAUUGGUGUUAGAUGUAUGUUGUUGGGAGCUGGCCAUUCAUUUAAUCAAAUGGCGAACCGUUGCCAGUUAUAUUGGUUAAGAUGUGCUACAGAAGUCCCUCUUGGUCCACAGGCAACUACGAUCUGACAUCGUUAUAUCGUUUUCGCUAGUGUUUUUUAUUCUUAACCGUUAGUCUUGACAACCACCAACUUCAGUCAUUAGUAGAGAGAUCAUGUGACAUAGCAAGCCCCUAAGGUAACUCGACGAUAGGCAAAAUAAACCAGGUUACUAUCAUUGUUGAAAAGGUUCAUUUGAAGACUAAACCUUGUUCCGAAGCACAUGUUUAAAUUCUGAUGAUGCUUUGAUGCAAAGAUGCGUCUGCUUGCGUCUUACUGGACCCAUAAAAUUCAUAGCAGAAAGAACUUAGAAUUCAUUCACAGAAGAAUAAUCAAAAUCACCUCUCAGGAAUACCAUUAUAAAUGCCUAGUCGACCAUUAAAGGGAUGUUCACCCUGAUCCAGUUUGGUUUGAUACCGAAUCAGCUGCAAAAAUAGUGCCAUAUAUUAGUGACUUAAGCAAAAAGGCCAGGUGAAUCAGUGAAUUUCGGUGGGAUCUGAAUUUAUAAAAAUCCUAUCAGACCCCAAACACAAUGAAAACUUAAACAUAUACUAACAAGGGUUCUACUUAGUGAAAAAAAGUAUUGUCCACACUACUGCAAAUCAAAACGAUAUGAAGAAACUUUUAAGGAACGGUUCAACUGACCCCCAUCUACCCUAUGGUUACCUGCUAUUACCAAACAAUCUGGGAGGUCGGGUUCGGCCUUCAUCUGUAAUCAUUGUAGGAAGUAAUGUAGUUGCGCGUGUUGACCACUUCACUUAGGAAUUUCAUUAGUUCCGGUGGAUUAGCAUUUGAUAAAAUCUCCACGGAUUCAGAAGACUUGCUUGGCGUUUGCAAACUUGCGUCACUUGCAGUGGGUAAUCUAGAUUUCCGUCUACUAACAGAUUUUUGAACACAAUCUUCAUCCGCCUACUGUGUUUUACUUAGUGUAUGUGAAACGGUCUUUAAAAGUAAGUAGUGAGUUACUAGUCUAGGGUCAUAGGUGUCGGAAGUAUUUAUCAUUUUUGUUAGGACUACCAAGUGGCCAAUGUUAAGGUUAUGCGUGGAGUGCUUGACUUAUAUGUCAAGUCGGUUGAUGUUUUGAACCUCAUAUUAUCUGAAGAGUUUACAAGAACUACUACGUAUCCUUUACUUUGCUUACCUAAACGCCCAAUGUUUGAUGAGUUGGAAAUACGUUAGAAGUUAGGGGCUCUCAGACCAAGAGUAUGAACUGAUUGGCUGUUGAUCUGAGCCAUAUUGGUAGUUACGGAAGUUUUGGUCCGAACGAUCAUUUUGACCAUUUUUCGGAAACGUGGGGUGACGUGACCCGAAAUCAGACGCAAAUGGGCUCAUUCUCGGGCUAAUGUAGUUUGGUAACUCGAACCAGUUCAUGUUUCUGCCUGAAUCUGCGUCGCGUUGAUUCCCCUCCAUUGUAAAGGGGGAUGAGUUAGACCAGUUUGGUUUUGUCUAAGAUUUCUUUUUCUACUUGUUUUUUCUAUAAUGCUACAAUUGUACGUAGUUUUUCAAGCCACCGAUUGCAAUCCUUCACUGUUACCCAACCAGCAGUAUAGAAUAACAGUAUCAAAGUUUUACUGAGAGAUAAUUUUUUACUUGAAUGGAUUAGUCUCAGAAUUAUAAUUUGAAAAACUGGUCAAUAUGCUUCAGUUUAUGCAAAAGGAUCUCUAUUUUAACGACAACUGUCAGAAUAGCUUUUACUUUCCAGAGCGGUUUCGUAUAGAGUACUACCACCAUAAUGUUGAUUUUCGUACUUUUCUGUCUUCAGUUACCUUAUAUAUGUGUGCUAAAUUUUAAGUACCAUCCUUUAGUUACUUAAUAACGUGAAAAAUACUGUUUUGAUAUAUUUUUCUUUUUUAUUUCGUAUUUAUUUAGACUUAAAUAUGCCUCGUAACUUCAGUCUUCAACCCGAAAGAAAGAGCCGUAUGACUGGAAUCCCUUCUAAUAUCAAAGCAAGGACUUCAUCUGUUGGUCCACAGGAACAAAAACCUGUUAACCGCGAGGUUAAAUCUAAAGCAAAUAUCACUAAGAUGAUAGGAAGUUUAAUCCAGUUUCUGGAAACCACCGACUAUUCGAAUUCCCUUUCUCCCAAAAUCCUCCAUUCACCCAACUCAAAAGAAAUAUUUUCAAUAUUCGAACAUCUUGUUCGACAAAUUGAACCCUCCUUUCGUAUUGAAAACGGCGGAAUGAAAGCGGAAGAAGUUUGUCUAAAUUAUCUUAAAAUUCUAGGCUAUCCAAAUAAUCUUAGUAAGCUUCAUUUAUUAGUACCUGGUGCUCCUCAAUCCUGGAAUUCAGUUUUAGCGGCGUUCGACUGGUUAAGAGAAGAAACAGAAAAUGCAAAUGACGCUAUAAAUUUUUCGGUGUUCACGUAUGAUGAUGAUCAAGAUACUGAAGAAGAGCCGCUGAAUAAAAUUAUUUUUCAAUUGAAGUCAGUUAUUUUUAAGAGAAGACGCGAAGGCUUUGAUAUAUUUCCAGUUGAUAUUGAAGAUUAUCGUUGUCGUAUCAACAGAGUAUUGAACGCUCCAAGUGAAGAUGAUAUGAAGAAACUUUAUAAUCGUCUAAAUGAAAUGGAUAAAGAUAUGAAUAGUAUAAAUAAUGUAGACGGAGAAGAAAGAUCAUUAAGAACUCAAUUAACCGAAACGGAAUCCAGUCUAAAAUCACUAGACGAAAACUUACGUGACCAUGAAUCUCAGAUAGCUAAGUUAAAGUCUUUAGACGAAGAGCGCACAAAAGUUUUAGAGGAACUUGAAUUAAAAAUCAAAGAAGCAGAACAACAGUUGGCUACAGUACGUGCAAAAGUAAAGGAACAAGAAGAUGCUGGUUAUGGACGAUUAGCUCAGGAAUAUAUUAUGCUUCGGGAACGUGUCGAUGCUCGAUUGCAUGCUAAAGAUGAUUUGAUUAAAGAAGUUGAACGAAAAGAAUUGGAUUAUACACGUUCAGAAGGCACCAUUGCCCCUACUUUGGACGCUUAUAAUCGUCUUGUCGGAUCAUUAAGGAAACCACCGUUUUCACAGAUCACCAAAAGCUGUAAUUUGGAAGUUUGUACAUACCGCAAAGGAUUCGAUAUUGCUAAGCAAUUACCAUUGCUAGUUCAAAAUGUGAAGGCUUGUGUUGAACAAUUGACUUUGGCUUUGACUUCUAAAGAACAACGACUAAGUGAAUUGAUUGAACAUCUCGAAACUCUUCAAUCGUCAAUCGAUAGUUCAGAACUGCCAGAUGUACAAGCUAAACUGGAUGAAGUAAAAAUAGAUUUGGCUAAACUAGAUGAACUUUUGGCAGAAGAAUACAGUGCACAUGCAAAAGCAGAAGAAGAAUAUGUUAAUUUAUGUUCUCACAGAGCCAAAGAAUUAGAACAGUUAAAAAAACAGUUAACUGAUGAUGAACAACGUCAGACGGAGUUAAGCGGUAAACUUGAAGAAAUAAUUCAGGAAAGAGUUAAAAUCACCUCUUAUAUUGAAAAUAUUAAUCAACAAUUAUCAGUGUUUGUUCCUUACAUUGAGUCUUAUUUCAAAACUAAGGAGUCUGCUAGUCGUACCUGGCAGAUGCAUAUAAACAUACUGCGCGAAGAAGUUCAAAGUUCAGCUCGUCGUAUUGAAAGCAAAGUUAGAAAAGCACUUGAAGAAAAUUCUUUAUCUGAAUAGCAUUUUUACCAAGAGAUUGACUUUUUCUUGCAACUAACUUCCAUUGAUUUUUGUUAAUAUUUCAUUUUAUUAAAAUGUCAUUGUUUUCCAAUAAACCCGUUCACAAUAGUGUC